AUGGACCACUCGCAGAUGGACCACUCCGGCCACAUGGACCACGGCGGUGAUGGCAUGGACGACAUGUGCAGUAUGAGCAUGCUGUUCACAUGGGAUACCACCAACCUCUGCAUCGUCUUCAAGCAGUGGCACAUUCGCUCUACCCCGGGGCUCGUCGUCUCCCUUCUCGCGGUCGUGCUCAUCGCUAUGGGCUACGAAGGUCUGCGCGCCACAUGCCGCAUGUACGAACAGUCGAUGGAAGCGAGAGUCGACUUGGCACCCAACGCACAUGAAGAAGCCGUUACUGAGACAACCCCGUUUCUCCGAUCAGGACAAAACCGCGACCUUCUUACCCGUCGCAGCCAUCUCAUCAAGUCUCUUCUCUACGGCCUUCAAAACUUUUACGCCUUUAUGCUCAUGCUUGUUUUCAUGACUUAUAACGGUUGGGUUAUGGUGGCAGUGUCUGUCGGCGCUUUUCUAGGCUAUUACGUCUUUGGAAAUCACACGUCGGCCACCAAGGAGACUGCAUGCCAUUAA